CUUCCCUCCGUCACUCGUCCCUUUACUUCUACACUCAAAAUGGCCGCUGACAAGGGUUCAAAAGUUACCAAGAAGGCCGACAAGAAGGCUGCCAGCAAAAAGACCGACAAGAAGGCCGUGAAGGAGGUAGUUGAGCCUAAGAAGAAUGGCGUCCCCAUCUCUUCGAAGGAGAUUCUUGAGAAGGAGAAGAAGGGGAAGGAGGUCAAGGACAAGAAGGGCAAGAAGCCCGUGAAAGAGGAAAUCUCGAGCGAGUCUUCUGAGUCCGAGUCCGAGGAGGAGAAGCCAGCCCCCAAGGCCGUCGUCAAGGGCAAGGUCAACGGCAAGGCCAAGGCUGAGUCUUCAAGCGAAAGCGAAGACGAGAUAAAGCCCGCCGCAAAAGCGACGCCCUCAAAAACUGCUGCUAAGGCACCUCCUGCAAAGGAGGACGAAUUAUCUGAGUCCUCCGAGGAUGAAUCUUCCGAAGACGAAAAGCCCAAGGCCGCUCAGGUGAAGGCAGCCCCCGCCAAGAAGACAGACUCAUCCGACUCUUCUGAUGAGAGCUCCGAGGGUGAAGCACCCAAAAAGGCUCAGGCCACCCCCGCUAAGAAGGCUGCUCCCGCGAAGGCCACCCCUGCGAAAGCGAUACCUACGAAGAACGCAGAGUCGUCGAGCUCCAGCAACGAUAGUGACUCAGAUUCCGACUCUUCAGAAGAAGAAGAGGAGAAACCUACCGCUAAGGCUGCUCCCAUGAAGAAAGCUGCUCUCGUGAAGAAGGCUGCUGAGGCUGCUGAGGCGAGCUCUGAAGAGUCUGACUCGGACAGCUCCAACGAGAAGUCCUCCUCGGAAGAGGAAUCCGAGGAUGCCGAGAUGGAUGACGCUACCGCCAAGACUGUUGCCAACGGCAAGCGCAAAGCAGAGGGCGAGGCUGCUAAGCCAGUGAAGAAAGUCAAGGUCGAUGAAGCUGCUGAUGAUUCUGCAUCAACGAAGACCAUCUUCGUCGGCAAACUCUCAUGGAACGUGGACAAUGACUGGCUCGAAUCCGAGUUUGCCGAGUGCGGCGAAGUCGUAUCUGCGCGUGUGCAGAUGGACCGCAACACUGGCAAAUCCCGCGGCUUUGGCUUCGUAACAUUCGCGUCACCCGAGGCUGUCGAUAAGGCGCUCGAGCUCAACGGCAAGGAGAUCGACGGUCGGCCGAUUAACAUAGACAAGAGCGUCGAAAAAGACCAGAACCAGGUCCGCGAGAGGCGCGCCAAAGCAUUCGGCGACGCCACCAGUGCGCCUUCAAGCGUGCUCUUCGUCGGGAACCUUUCCUUCGACGCGACCGAAGAUCAGCUUUGGGAAGUCUUCUCCGACUACGGCUCCGUCAAGAGCGUCCGCAUGCCCACCGACCGCGAGAGCGGCCGGCCGAAAGGCUUCGGCUACGUUGAAUUCGAGGACGUCGAAUCUGCCAAGAAAGCGCAUGAGGGCCUCGCGGGCCAGGAGAUCGCUGGCCGUGCGGUCCGGCUCGACUUCUCGCAGCCGCGUGACGACAAUGGCGGCGGACGCGGUGGAGGUCGUGGUGGCUUUGGAGGUCGUGGUGGCUUUGGAGAUCGUGGCGGCUUUGGAGACCGUGGCGGUUUUGGAGGUCGCGGCGGCUUCGGAGGUCGCGGAGGCCGUGGCGGCUUCGAAGGGCGUGGUCGUGGUGGGGGACGUGGUCGUGGUGGUGAUCGCGGACGUGGAGGUCGUGGUGGCGGUCGUGGUGGUGCCAGGACAGGAGCAGUCCAGGGCUUCGAGGGCAGAAAGACCACCUUUGAUUAAUGCUCGUUUCUUGGGUCGUGUUUUGUACUCAUGUUGUUUGGUCUCGCAUUGUAGGUCAAUUCUCGCAGAGUAUAGCAUCCUCGCACCCUCGCUAUAUCAUCAUGCUUCAUUUCUCUGGAAGUUGCUCAUAUUCGGAGUGUAUCCAAUCUGACGAACAAGAAUAGUGCUCGAGACGAAAGUGACGUGUACGAUAUAUGAACAGUCAAUAAAACUGGAGACGACGAAGGACCAAUGCGUCAAUAUGUUCCCUG